GUUCUAUUAUGUAGAGUAUAAAUACCCUGUGUUGAUAUACUCGUUCCCAUAUUCUCUGUGCUAACCGAACUUUUUUAUGGUACUUCUUUAUCUGCAUCUCCCCCCACCUCAACCCCGCCGCCAUACAUUGAACCACCCGAAGGGUCCAAGGCCGGCUCCGGGCUCAACACCACUGAGAGACGUGCAAGAGGGGAUCGCAAACUUUGCUUUAGAAAUAUUCACUCCCAAUCUUGACUUCAUACCAAUUCAGAUAACCACAUAAAUAAUCAUGUCUUCUCAACUCGCCCCCUACAAGCAAGAAUUCUUGGAGGCCGCCAUCGCUGGCGAGAUCCUCAAGUUUGGCAGCUUCGAGCUCAAGUCAAAGCGCAUCUCACCCUACUUCUUCAACGCCGGCCUCUUCCACACUGCCCGUCUCGCCGGCGCUAUUGCCACUGCUUUUGCCAAGUCUAUCUCUGAGGCUCAGCAAGAGACCGGCCUUGACUUCGACAUCAUCUUUGGUCCCGCUUACAAGGGCAUUCCUCUUGCUUCCUCCAUUGCUGUCAAGCUCGGCGAGAUCGCCCCUGAGAACCUCGACCGUGUUUCUUACUCUUUCGAUCGCAAGGAGGCCAAGGAUCACGGGGAGGGCGGUAACAUCGUCGGUGCGCCUUUGAAGGGAAAGAAGAUUCUCAUCGUUGACGAUGUCAUCACUGCUGGAACUGCCAAGCGAGAGGCUAUUGACAAGAUCCGAAAGGAGGGUGGUAUCGUUGUUGGUAUUGUCGUUGCCCUCGACCGCAUGGAGAAGCUCCCUGCUACCGAUGGCGAUGAGUCCAAGCCUGGCCCCAGUGCCAUUGGCGAGUUGCGAAAGGAGUAUGGCAUUCCUAUCUUCGCUAUCCUGACCCUCGAUGAUAUCAUUGCUGGUAUGAAGAGCUUUGCUUCAGAGGACGAUAUCAAGCGAACUGAGGAGUACCGUCUCAAGUACAAGGCCAGCGACUAAGUACCGUAUGGAAGAAAAGAAAAUGGGGUUGAACGAAUGAGGUUAUGAUAUCAAAGGGCCACAAAAUAGACGAAAUGGGAAUUAAGAAAAACAAAUACAACACGCAAAUGCGGUUUUUAUAGA